GUUGACAUCAUGGAGGGGAAGCUGCUGGUCUGUGCUGUCGUGCUCCUGGUUUUAACUGCAGAAAGCAAUGCACAGUCAGAUGUUUGUGGCAUUGCACCGCUCAACACCAGGAUCGUAGGAGGUGUAAAUGCUCCUCCAGGGUCAUGGCCCUGGCAGGUCAGUCUACACGACAGAAACGGACAUUUCUGUGGAGGCUCCCUGAUCAACAGCCAGUGGGUCCUGAGUGCUGCUCACUGCUUCUACCCCAGCACCAGCACAUCAGGUUUAACCGUUUAUCUCGGACGUCAAACCCAACAAUUCCUAAAUCUUAACGAGGUGUCCCGGUCGCUGUCUCAGAUCAUCAUAAAUCCAGACUAUAACCUGACACACGACAAUGACGUCUCCUUGCUGCUUCUGUCCUCUCCUGUUGACUUCACCGACUUCAUCAGUCCAGUGUGUCUGGCGCCGGAUGGCAGCACCUACCCGGACGGGACAGUCUGCUGGGUCACCGGAUGGGGAACCAUCUCAAGUAGCGGCAUUUCUCUUCCAUUCCCUCAGAAUCUGCAGGAGGUCAGCGUUCCCCUUGUGUCCAACACGCAGUGUAAUGCUGCUUACGGAGCAAUCAAUAACAACAUGAUCUGUGCCGGUGUGACUGCGGGAGGGAAGGACUCCUGCCAGGGGGACUCUGGCGGCCCGUUGGUGACUAAAGUCGGCUCUGUGUGGGUCCAGAUCGGAAUAGUGAGUUUUGGAAAAGGCUGUGCUCAGCCCGGCUUCCCAGGAGUCUACGCCCGAGUGUCCCAGUACACCUCCUGGAUCAACAACCAGAUAACAUCUGGAACCACUCAUCUGGUUUCCCUCUCAGCUCCUCUGCUGCUGUCCUUUUUCCCUAUUCUCUUCUCUCUCUCUGUGCUUUCAUAGCAACGUCGAACAGUCGGUAUCACUGGAUCACUGGAUUACUUUGUCUUUAUAAACAAGAAAAUGACAGAAAGAGGGUCUAAUCUUUCGAAUUGUCUCAUCUUUUUCUUUCUUUUGCUACAACUUCUUUUUAAAUGUGUAUAUAAUGUUAUAACUUCUGUAUUACGGGAAGAUGUCUUAUGUUUUCGGGUGGGGCCCCAACUGACGAUUAUUUUCAUCACCAAUCAACGUGCACAUUAUCUUCUUAAUCAAUACAUUGUUUUUUUUCUAUAAAAUGAUCAGAAAAAAUUGGACAAAUAUAUAAUUUCCCAUCGCCCAAAGAGAUGUAUUCAAAUAGUUUAUUCAACUCAAUUACUCUAUGGUCACAUAAAUGUAAGAAAAGCAUCACAUCUUCUUAUUCCCAUUAGAGAAGCUGAGUAAGAGAAUAUCUGGAUGUUUUGCUGCUAUAAUGUGAAAUUGUUUUAAUCUACUGUGGAAACAUCACGUAGUUUUUUUUAAUGAAGUUAAAUUAAAGACGUUAUUGUGAAAGUGAAA